AUGGAGGAAGAAUGGGAUGAGACGGAAUGGAUUGGCUAUGAAAGUGAAGAUGUAUACGAGAAUGAGAGCGGGUGUGGAAGAGUGACUAUAAUUGAAGACGAUUUAGAUGAGUUGCUUAAGGCAAUGGCCUGCAUACAAGGAGAAUUAUUGGGUGGUGAAGAAUUGAUUCAGGUGCUGGAAAAGCAUACGAGACUGGAAAAAUAUAAAAGAGAAACUAGAAUCAGUGGCUGAGAGCAAGGAAGUAGAGGAGAACAAAAAAUUUGGAUGAGUCUGAAGGCGAUCAAAAUUUCUGGGCUUGAGAAAUCAAAAGAAGAUGAAGAAGAAAGUAAAUUAGAAUGCGUAUCAGAAAAAGAUGAGAAAAUUGUGAAUAAGGAGAGGAAGGACGCAACAAAAUGUGCGUUUUUAAGACCAACUAAAGUUCUGAAUGAUAGAGGUGAGACUGAGAAGAGACAAAAAAGGGAAGGCGAAAUUGAAGGAGAUUCUGAAAGAGAUGCUGAAGGAUGAACUGAUGGAGGUACUGUAGAAGAAGCUAAAGGAGAAAUUGACAGAAUAGGUGAAAGAGAAAUUGAAGGAUGGAAAAGGAGGAAAAAAACCAUAAGGGUUUGCUGUGGGCUCUGCCCGCUGAAUAAUUAA